CCCCGGGGCGGUCCCAAGUUGGGCUCCCGGGUCUUCGCCCCCCAGUGGCUGCAGCCCAGGUGCCGCGGCGGGAAAGGAGGAUGUGCGGCUGGCCGCUGCUAGUGCUGUGGGCGCUGCUCCCCGCGACGGCUGCGGGGAGCUCGGGUCGCUCGUACCCGCAUCGCGUGGUCCUCGACCCCGAAGGCAAGUACUGGCUGCACUGGGGCCGGCACGGAGAGAGGCUGGCCUUCCGUUUGGAGGUACGCACUAACGGCUACGUGGGCUUCGGCUUUUCGCCCACGGGGACCAUGGCCGCGGCGGACAUCAUGGUGGGCGGCGUGGCCCACGGGCGGCCCUACCUCCAGGACUAUUUCACAAAUGCAGACAAAGAAUUGGAAAAAGACGCCCAGCAAGAUUACCACUUAGAUUAUGCCGUGGAGAAUAGCACACACACGGUGAUUGAGUUUAGCAGAGAGCUGCACACAUGUGAUGUCAAUGACAAAAGUCUCACGGAUAGCACAGUGAGAGUUAUCUGGGCCUACCACCAUGAAGAUCCUGGAGAAUCUGGUCCCAAGUACCAUGACUCAAAUAGAGGCACAAAGAGUCUACGAUUGCUGAAUCCUGAGAAAGCCAAUGUGUUGUCUACAGUCUUACAAUACUUUGAUCUAGUAAAUCAAGACGUCCCCAUUCCAAACAAAGGAACAACAUACUGGUGCCAAAUGUUUAAGAUUCCUACAUUCCAAGAAAAGCAUCAUGUGAUAAAGGUGGAGCCCAUAAUAGAGAGAGGCCAUGAGAACCUGGUCCAUCACAUCCUGCUCUAUCAAUGCAGCAGCAACUUUAACGACAGUGUUCUGGACUUCGGCCAUGAGUGCUACCACCCGAACAUGCCCGAUGCCUUCCUCACCUGCGAAACUGUGAUUUUCGCCUGGGGCAUUGGUGGAGAGGGCUUUACCUAUCCACCUCAUGUUGGCUUAUCUCUUGGCAUGCCAAUGGAUCCUCGUUACGUGCUUUUAGAAGUCCAUUAUGAUAACCCCGCACGGAAAAAGGGCUUAAUAGACAGUUCUGGGCUGAGGUUUUUCCAUACUAUGGAUAUAAGGAGCUAUGACGCAGGAGUGAUUGAGGCUGGCCUCUGGGUAAGCCUGUUCCACACAAUCCCUCCAGGGAUGCCCGAAUUCCGUUCUGAGGGUCACUGCACUCUGGAGUGCCUAGAGGAGGCCCUGGGAGCUGAGAAACCAAAUGGAAUCCACGUGUUUGCCGUUCUUCUCCAUGCUCACCUGGCUGGCAAAGGCAUCAGACUGCGUCAUUUUCGCAAGGGAGAUGAAAUGCAGUUGCUGGCUUACGAUGACGAUUACGACUUUAAUUUCCAGGAGUUUCAGUAUCUGAAGGAAGAACAAACAAUCUUACCAGGCGAUAACCUGAUCACUGAAUGCCGGUAUAACACCAAGGACCGAGCUGCAAUGACUUGGGGAGGACUAAGCACCAGGAAUGAAAUGUGUCUCUCGUACCUUCUUUAUUAUCCAAGAAUUAACCUGACCCGGUGCGCCAGCAUCCCGGACAUCAUGGAACAGCUGCAGUUCAUUGGCGUGAAGGAGAUCUACAGACCUGUCACGACAUGGCCUUUCAUUAUCAAAAGCCCUAAGCAGUACAGAAACCUUUCUUUCAUGGAUGCAAUGAACAAGUUCAAAUGGACCAAAAAAGAAGGGCUGUCCUUCAAUAAGCUCGUCCUUAGCCUGCCUGUGAAUGUGAGAUGUUCCAAGACAGACAAUGCAGAGUGGUCGAUUCAAGGGAUGACAGCAUUACCUCCUGAUAUCAGAAGGCCUUAUAAAGCAGAACCUCUGGUGUGUGGGACAUCAGCUUCCUCACCUCUGCAUGGCAGUUUCUCUCUCCACUUGCUCAUGUGCUCUCUGCUUCUUGGAAGUAUGCUGAGCACCCAGGGCUUGGGACUUCUGUACGUGGUCAUACGUGGUCUGGAAUAUGAGACUGUCCUUUAAUGUCAGGUUAAAGACUGUGUUCAUGUUAGACCUGAAGAGAUGGGUGGGUGCGAAGAGCCUGGAAACUUAAGUUUCCACACAUACUCACCUUCCAUUUUCCUUCCCAGGCUACCUGAGCGAUGUCACUGUGGUUCUCUGGGUUUCCUCAUGAAAGUCGAUGUUCUAUACAUAUGAUUAGUAGAAUAAAAUUAACCUGAUUUAACCACUUUGCAAGUCAGUACAUGAAGUGGGAAGCAAAGAGUCUUUAAUGUUUCAACAUUACAUGUGAUUUCAACAUGACACUCGAUGUCCUUCUCACAAACACGUUUACCUUAGCAACAUCAGUGGACUUACUCUCCGCUCCUGCUUGCUCAUCUUCUUUUCUGGGUGUAACUUGCCACGGUGAGCCAGGGCUGCCCUCUUGCCAGGGUGAGCCAGGGUUGCCCUCUUGCCAGGGUGAGCCAGGGCUGCCCUCUCUUUGACAGAUCCCAGUCCCUGAGUUUUCCCCAAUUUUACUCAUGGUUCUCUGACCUCAGUGUUUAUCUCUGCAUCUUUGGUUUCCUUGAUCAGCCGAGUCUGUUGAUGUCCAAGCCCACAUCAAAGUAUUUUCCAGUCUCUCUAGCACUUCCCAGUUGAAAUUUUUUCUUAAGCUCUGCAACUCUCUUAAAAGAAAGAGAUUUUGAUAAGUGUGGAGAUGAUGGUGGCUAAUGGUUAACUGAGAAAAAAAUAGAGAGCUGCAAACCUCUUGCUCUGAAGGGUUCUAGAUGGGGUGAGAUUCCAAAGAGUACAUAGACAGACAGUGCAUGCAGGAGGCGGGGCCGUGGGAUCUGUACGUUUCCUUACCACUCAGCGUUACCCUCUGGAUUGAUCUAAGUCACAUUUCCUAUGACAGAUUUAUUUUUAUAUUAGUUAAUAAACUGACUUCCAAUAUAAAAUUGCCACCAGCUGAGGUUCUUAUUCUUUUGGUUCUUUUUGUAUUAUCUGCUUAAAUCUUGUUUUAUGUCCUAUCCUCAUCCAUUAAGCUGAAUGUUUGGAUCAUAUUAAUAAGCUUAAUGGAAUUAAAGGUUUUGUAUAGUAUCUUAUGUGAUUCAUGAUAGAAUCAAGUUAUUGUGUACUGAUGUCAAUAAAAUCAGCUGAAAACCCUUAUUUUUCCACUUUAAGCCCUUUCUAUCUUACAAAUUGUCAUUUAAAUAAAUAUUAUUCUUUAGAGUC